UCUCCAGAGAAGGCAGGGAAAUGGACCUAUCGCUCUGCGCCCAUCUAUUCGCUCGCCUCGCGCAUGAAGGAGUUUGCGAAUGACCAGACUCCAGGGCCUGCCGCCUACGGGCUCCCCCCAGUGAUCGGGCCCAAGGUCGUCGGCAAGAGCUCUGCCCCAAACUAUUCCCUCCUGGGGCGCAGCUUGCUUGGCAGCUUCUAUGAGGACCUGAGCAAGACGCCAGGGCCCUGUAACUACCGUGUGGUGGAACCCAGCGUGUACAACACCCGGGCCCCCCAGUACAGCAUGCUUGCCCGCAACAUGCUCCCUGGGGACAACACGCAGAAACCAGGGCCCGGGGCACACAGCCCGGAGAAGUACGUCCAGCAGCGUGGCCAGACCUUUGGGAUCCGCCACUCCGACUACCUGGCUCCCCUUGUCAUAAACAGCUAA